AUGACGCCGCCCGCUAUCAUUGCCCCUUCUAUUCUCAGCGCCAACUUCGCCAACCUCGGCCAUGAUUGCGCCACCAAGAUGGAGGAGGGCGCCGACUGGCUCCAUGUCGACAUCAUGGAUGGCCACUUCGUCCCCAAUAUGACCAUCGGAUGCCCGGUCGUCUCCCAGAUCCGCGGCUGUGUUGACCGACCACUCGAGCCCGGCUCCAAGGGCACCUUCGACUGCCACAUGAUGAUCAUGGAGCCUCACAAAUGGGUAAAAGAGUUCCAAAAGGCCGGCUGCGACCUCUACUGCUUCCACUACGAGGCAGCCGUGUCCUCCGUCGCCGCGACCGAUCCCACCGAUAAGACCACUACAGAACGUACCAGUCCGCGCGCAUUGAUCAGGUACAUCCACGAGGAAGGUAUGCAAGCCGGUAUUGCAAUCAAGCCGGAUACCCCGGUCGACGUCCUCUGGGACAUUCUCGACAAUCCCGAACAAACCGAGCGCCCCGAUAUGGUCCUCGUCAUGACAGUACACCCUGGGUUCGGCGGACAGAAAUUCAUGGCCUCCGAGCUGCCCAAGGUCUCCGCCCUUCGUGCCCGGUAUCCCGAUUUGAACAUCGAAGUCGACGGUGGUCUCGGCCUGGGCACAAUUGAUCAGGCGGCCGACGCAGGCGCCAACGUGAUCGUGGCCGGGUCAGCUAUUUUCGGUGCGGCGGAUCCAGCCGACGUCAUCCUCAAGCUGCGUGAGGCGGUUCAGAAGCGACGCGGCCAGUCUUCGGCAUAG